AUGUCAUUCCUCGGAGGGGCUGAAUGCUCCACGGCGGGAAACCCCCUCACCCAAUUCACAAAGCAUGUCCAAGAUGACAAGUCUUUACAACGUGAUCGGCUGGUCGGUCGGGCUCCAGGAAUGCAAGAGAGCAUGCGAUCACGGGGCAUGAUGGGAGGACAGGAUCAGAUGAUGGAUGAUUUCAUGCAGCAGCCAGGCCAACAAUUAAAUGGGCCGUCGCCACAGCCCUUUGCCAUGGAACACAUGCGCCGAGAGCUAGAGAACUUCCAAAAUGCACCUCCUCGUACAGGAUCUCCCGGCUGGGCCGCGGAGUUUGAUGGUGGUGAGCAAGCACGUAUGGAGGCUGCGUUCAACAGUGGUGCUCAGAUGAACAACACGCCUGGCUUUGCCCCAGCCGAGUUUGCGCGCUUCCAGCAACAGAGUCGCAUCGGCAUGCCCCAAACGCAGAGUCCUGUGACGGCCGCCACUCCACCGCUCAUGGCAGGCUAUCAGCACCCCAUGGGGAUGGGUGGAUAUAUGGGUGCUAUGGGAAGCAUGGGGGGUAUGGGCAUGAUGCGCCCGAUGGGGAUGCAAUCGCCGAUGAUGCAUCAGCAGCAGCCCAUGGAAGGACAGACACAGGACAAGGGCAAGGGUCGGAUGGUUGAACUCGAUGAUGAAAAUUGGGAGGCGCAGUUCGCGGAGAUGGAAACGGCCGGUAAUGAAACCAAGAUCGACGAGGAGGCCAACGCGGCAAUGGAGGCGGAGCUUAACGAGCUGGACAGGUCAGUGCCCACCGCCGAGGAUGCCUUUGAGUCUGUUUGGGAGCGAAUUCAAGCUGAGACUGCCGCGAGUAGAAAACUGGCCGAGGAGGGCGGGGACUUUGAUGUCACGGACAGCGUGCACGUUGGUGACCUGGGUGACUGGGACGGCUUCGACAGUCUGAACACGCGGUUCCGUGAUCCACAACUGGGCGACUACAUGUUUGAGCAAGAUAAUGUGUACUCGGCCGUGACCAAUCCGUUUGAAGAAGGUGUCAAGAUCAUGCGCGAGGGAGGCAAUCUCUCUCUUGCGGCGUUGGCAUUUGAGGCUGCGGUUCAGAAAGAUCCCCAGCACGUACAAGCGUGGACGAUGCUCGGCUCUGCACAGGCGCAGAAUGAGAAGGAGCUCCCAGCGAUUCGAGCCUUGGAGCAGGCACUCAAGAUCGACCCGGGCAACCUUGACGCGCUGAUGGGCUUGGCCGUGUCGUACACGAACGAGGGUUAUGACUCCACCGCCUACCGCACCCUUGAACGCUGGCUCUCUCACAAAUACCCUUCCAUCAUCGACCCGAAAGAGAUCUCGGGAGAUGCCGACCUCGGAUUCACCGACCGUCAGCUGCUCCACGACCGAGUGACCGAGCUGUUCAUCAAAGCCGCACAGCUGUCUCCUUCAGGUGCGCAAAUGGAUCCCGACGUCCAAGUCGGCCUGGGUGUCCUGUUCUACUGCGCCGAAGAAUACGACAAGGCGGUCGACUGCUUCUCCGCCGCCCUGGCCUCUACCGAGUCCGGAAGCACCAACCAGCGCGAGCAGCUACAUUUGCUCUGGAACCGCCUUGGCGCCACUCUCGCCAACAGUGGCCGCUCCGAGGAAGCCAUCGAGGCCUACGAGCAGGCCUUGAACAUCAACCCCAACUUUGUACGAGCGCGCUACAACCUCGGCGUCUCGUGCAUCAACAUUGGCUGCUACCCCGAGGCCGCACAGCACCUUCUCGGCGCUCUUUCCAUGCAUCGAGUCGUCGAGCAAGAAGGUCGCGAACGUGCACGCGAGAUCAUCGGUGGUGGCGGUGCAGGGGAUGGAUUGGAUGACGAGCGGUUGGAGCGCAUGCUGCACAUUAGUCAGAACCAGAGCACGAACUUGUACGACACCCUCCGCCGGGUGUUUAGCCAGAUGGGUCGACGAGAUCUGGCCGACCAGGUGGUGGCGGGCAUGGACGUGAACAUUUUCCGCAAGGAGUUUGAAUUUUAG